GCCCUCCCUCAAGGCGGAGUUUCAGCUGUUGUUUCCAUGGCGCCGAUACACAAUCCUACCAAACCAUACAUGACAAACUCCCCAGCAAAGAGAAGCAGCGGAACAGACUGAGGGUGCACGGAAAAUCUCCCGGAAUUUGAGAUUUCAAUCAUUUUGCAUCUCCGAAUUUUCCAGACUCUGCACUCCAGUGGAUAAAGCAGAGAAUGAAGGGUUAUCUGAAAACCUCCGAGGGGGCUUUCAUGUUACGACCCAAGAAUACCACAGUGGGGAGGCAUGAAGACAGUGAUCUGUGUUUGCAGACAGCGGGGAUGGAGGAGCACCAUGCCCUGAUCGAGUUCAGUGAUUUGGAGGGCAGCUUUGUGCUCCGAGACUUCAACUCCUACCACGGCUCCUUCGUCAAUGACUGCCGGAUCCAGAACGCUGCGGUGCGCCUGGCCCCGGGAGACGUGCUCCGCUUCGGCCUCGGGGGGCCCUGCUACGAGCUGGCGCUGGAGAACACACCCUCGCUCUCCUGCCCCCCAGUGUCUCAGCGCACAGCUUGGCAGGGACACCUCCAGAUCAUUAAGGACCCCAGACCGCCCCCUUCCCCAGCACCCCUCUCUCAGCUGCCCUCCCUGCAGCCCCAGCCCUCCUCUCCGGCUCCCUGGACCCAGGGGGGGGCCCCCGGGGCCAUCCCUCACCCGCCCAUCAGGACCCGGCCUGCUAGCGCGGGAAACAGGAGAGGGGGGGCCCCCAUGAACUCUGUAGAGUAUGGAGCGCCCUCACUCAGAACAGGAAACUGGACGGGCAGUGCUGGAGUGGGGCGCUCAUUCACAAACGGGCCCCAGUCUCUCUCACCUCAGGCCAUCGAGCUCUUGCUUCAGGAGAAGGAGCAGAGGCUCUUGCGGCAGGGGGACGAGGUGAGCAGGCUGCAGGUGUUCGAAGGGGAGUCGCGGCGCAAGGACGCGUUUAUCGCCAGCCUCCGGGACGAGAUCGCUUCUCUGAAGCAGCAGCUGGCACAGGGCCGCGGAGACACAGAGAUCAUCCACACACUGAAGACACUGGAGAGCAAAAAAGAGGAGAUCCAAGAGCUCAAGGAACAGAUGAUCAAGCUCCAGACGGGCUCAAGUGAAGUCCUGAGGCACGCCUUUAGUGAGAGAGACCUGGAGAUCAGCAGCCUGAAGAAUGAGAACGAGAGGCUCCGCAGAGACAGCUCCAUGUCUGCAGGGCUGGUGACCAGUCUGCAGCGGGAUAUCUCUGCCCGGGAGCAGCAGGUCAUGCGGCUGGGCGGCGAGGUGGAGAAGCUGCACAAGCAAAUCCGUGAGAAGGACAUUCAGCUGGCAUCCAUGUCCGCCAAGUUUUCAAAUAGGAGGGAGACCAAGAAACACGAAGAGGAGUUGGUGGCCCGAGAAACUGAAGUGGUCGCUCUCAAAAAACGCUUGAAGCAGAUGGAGCAGCGAGUGAAGGAACUAGAGGCUGACACUAAGAAGCAUCACUCCGAGCAGGAAGGCAUGAAGGGCAGGCUGGCUGAGGACAGACAGGCCCAGGCCCGGCUGCAGGAGGAGCUGGAGAGAGGCAGGCAGCAGCUGCAGGAGACGGGGCUCCGGGAGCAGCUCACCAGGGUACACCUGGAGCAGACACAAGCCCGGUUGGAGAGGUUCCGCAGUCGGAUCAUUCAGACCACCUACACUGCUCCAGGCGUCCCUGCUCCCAACGAGGCUGUCUCCGAUCAAGAGGUUAUUGAACAGAUGAAGGAGAUCAUUGAGGAGAGAGAACAGCUUAAAGAGAAGGUGGGGGAGCUACAGAAGCAGCUGGAGGGGAAGACCUCUGAACUGGACGAGAGAGCGGCCCACGCAGACAAGUUGAAGAACACACUAGAGGAAUGCCAGACCCGUCUGAAGGAAGCCCGUUCGGCACCUGCUCUGAAAAGAGAGGUGGAAGCUCUGCAGCAGCUGUGUGUCGACCCGUCCCUGAGCUGGGUCCAGAGAGUGGCUGUGGAGAUGCUGCUCCGGGAGUUGUCAUUGCAACAGGAGGUGGAGCAGGCCCUGCGGGAUGCUGGGAUUGAUGUGUCCAGCAACACGGAAGGAAUCCCAGGCUGUAUCAAGAACUUGUGGCAGCGCCACCAAGAGGCAGAGGAUAAGAGCAGCGCUUUACAGGCCCGUCUGGAGGAGCUGCAGGGUUCCCAGGAUGCUUUGCUGCAGGAAAGGGAGGAGAUGCUGAAGAAAGAGCAUGAGAACCAGCAGCAGGACGAACUGAAACGCUUGAAGGAAGCAGCAGAGGAGCAAAGCCAGCAGUGUCUUGAAGAGUACCUGAGGGUGGAGCGAGAGCACAUGGCAGAGGAGCGCAGGAAACUGGAGGUGACGGAGAGUCAGUACAGAGAGCUGAGAGAGUUGAUGGAAGCAAAAUCACAAGAAGAGGAGACUUUGAAAUCACGACAGAAUGAGCUCACUCAGGCACUGGAGUCAGCCAGGAAAACAGAGGCGGCGAUGCAGGCGGAGGUGGAGGAGGAGAGGGAGAAGCAGCGAGAGGAGACUGCCCAGUACAGGGAGCAGGUCCGACAGCACUCCCGCACCAUCGUGGCUCUGGAGGACAGGCUGCUGAAGCUCAGCCACCAGCAGGGGGCGCUGGAGGAGGAGAGGACAGCACUGCGAGGCAGACUCAGAGAAGCUGAGAAGAAGCUGGAGAGCAGACAGCCUGCCCCUGCUCCCCCAGCCCCCCCGACUCCCUCAGCCCCCCCGACUCCCUCAGCCCCAGCAGUCUGCCCACAGCUUGUUGCCCUCAGGGCAGGGUUAGUGGAGGCCCAGCGAGAGAUCCUGUCGCAGAGAGACGUCAUCGUGGGACUCAGCAACGACCUGGCGGGGGCAAAUGCCAGGAUGUCAGACAUGACAGGAGAGCUGAGUGAGAAACAGAAGAUGGAACUGGAGCAGAACCGAGCCAUCGUGAGGGACCAGAGGACUGAGCUGAGCACGCUCAGAAAGCAGCUGGCAGGGAUGUCUGAGCUGGUGGAGAAGAAGAAAGCAGAGCUGCAGAGCGCAGUGGAGGAACUCCGGCAGUGUAAGGCUGAUCUGGAGAGGCAGCGGAGCAUAUUGAAUGAGAAGGAAUCUCAGUGCGAGAAGCUUGAGGAGGAACCCAAAGGAGAGGGGAGAGACAGCCAGACACCCGAACACACAGAGGAGAGGAUGGCUACGACUGAUCUUGCAGACCAAGGGGCAAAGUGCAGAGGUCACCGGCACGAGGAAGUGAUCCAGCGACAGAGGGCAGCUUUGGCAGAACUGAGAGUGAGGAUCAAGGCAUUGGAGCAGACGAGACCCCUGUUGUCCAGUCAGGAGCAGGCUGUCCAGCAGGUGGUGAUCAUGAGGAGGGAGCUGGCGGAGCUGAGGUCACAGCAGGCCAUUUCAGACAAUCACAACGAGGACACUGUUUUCGGGAGCAACUGGCUGACAAAAACGUCUGAAGGCCAUCCCUCUGGAGGAAUGUCUGAGGCUGCUGUGGAGAGAACCUCCAGGCUGGACUUGUCAGAAGCUUUGGACCUGAGUGAGAGAACGUACCUGGACCUGGUGCGAGCCCUGGCCAGCCUUCUGAAUGUGGGAGAGCUGCCGGGCUCCUCGUCUCUGAAGCACGCUCCGCCUGACGAGAGGGAGCGUCUCAUCUCCCAGAGGCACACAGACCUGGAGCUGCUCCACACGCGCCUCCGCCUCCUGCACAUCCAGCUGGAGCGCAAGGAGGAGCUGCUCAGCGGAUACCAGAGAGACCUGGAGCAGCUCAGGCAGAGCCAGGAUUUGGUGCACAGGCAGCAAGUAGAGGUGGACCGGCUGAGGGAGGAGUUCCAAGAACAGAGCCAGGAAAGCGCCCUGCUUCGAGAGGCCCUGAACCGGGCCCAGCAGAGACUUGACCAGGAGAAGAGGCUCAACAAGGCCAUCAAGGAGCGCAAGACUUUCCACUUGGAGCAGCUUGAGAAGAGGAGUGUGAAGACUCCUUCUCACAGCUGUGUGCAGGAGGACAUGCGUGGAAAGGCAGAAGCAAAGAAGGCAGCCCUGCAGGGAAAGCUGAAGAAGAAGGGCUACGAGAUUGAAACCCUGAAGAAGCAGCUUUGCAAACAAGACCAGGAACUGUGCAGCACCACCACUAAGCUGGUCAACCUGCAGAAUGCACUGCAGUAAAAGGCAGGUUUCUCAUGAUUGGCACAGUGAAAAGGAGGACUCUCAACAGGGGCUGUGAGGAGGUGAUGCUCAAUAUCACAUGUCUUUCACAGCUAGUUUUUUUGGCAGGCAGUGUCAAAUGAUUACCUCCUGUAAUUUCCCUGCCUGCAGGGUGUAAAGUAGAGAAGAUAGCUGGAGGAAAGACCUAAUGAACUUCGGACAGCUGGGCUCUGAGACUGUGACACCUGAAACGGCACACUGCAAACAUCAGACCUGAUGCACAAACUGUGCUGUGACACACCCAUCCUGAAACAGCAUGCUGCAAACAUCAGACCUGAUGCACAAACUGUGCUGUGACACCCCCAUCCUGAAACACCAUGCUGCAAACAUCAGACCUGAUGCACAAACUGUGCUGUGACACACCCAUCCUGAAACAGCAUGCUGCAAACAUCAGACCUGAUGCACAAACUGUGCUGUGACACCCCCAUCCUGAAACAGCAUGCUGCAAACAUCAGACCUGAUGCACAAACUGUGCUGUGACACCCCCAUCCUGAAACACCAUGCUGCAAACAUCAGACCUGAUGCACAAACUGUGCUGUGACACUCCCAUCCUGAAACAGCAUGCUGCAAACAUCAGACCUGAUGCACAAACUGUGCUGUGACAACCCCAUCCUGAAACACCAUGCUGCAAACAUCAGACCUGAUGCACAAACUGUGCUGUGACACCCCCAUCCUGAAACACCAUGCUGCAAACAUCAGACCUGAUGCACAAACUGUGCUGUGACACCCCCAUCCUGAAACACCAUGCUGCAAACAUCAGACCUGAUGCACAAACUGUGCUGUGACACCCCCAUCCUGAAACGGCAUGCUGCAAACAUCAGACCUGAUGCACAGACUGUGAGGCCACCAUGCUGGUACAGUAGAAUCUCAGAGUUACAAACCGUAACUCUGAAAAUGAGUUUUCAAUGGUUUUAAUAAAUGUGUACACCUGUAAUGCAGUAGUAUGCACGGGACUGUACAAAUUCAACUUACCAUUUAAUUCGUAACGGUCGCGGAAACACAGAUUUAAACGUCCAGGAAAACCUGGGUUACCUUAGUUCUUGUCUUUAUUUUAUUUUAAAUAUUGUUCAGUCAUUCAGACUCCUUUGGCUUGAAAAACUGUGCUUUGUUUAAAACUAAAAUGUUUCAAGUAAAAUUGCCAGUACUUGCUUUGAAAUCUGCCUCACCUUUGUCUGGAUAAAUUUGCUGGUCCAGUAAUUUUGCCGCCUUCAUGACCAGCACACAGCUUAUAGGAGUGCCUAUCACGCAUGGUUGAGGGAUUGCAUACUUCACUGGUCAGUAUGAAAGUUUGGUGUUCGUAACUCUGGGUUUCUACUGUAGUUCCACAAUCUACUGUGGUAUAUAUAUAUAUAUAUAUAUAUAUAUAUA